UUAUAUUUUCAAGUACUUAUUUAUUAAAAUAAAGACAUAAAAGUAAUGUGUUCUUAUUAAUUUGUUGUAGUAUUAUAAUUAUUUCUAUACUAGAAAAGUAUGGGAGGAAAACCGAAACAAAGUCAAAGAACAAAAAAUAAUGUCAGGCCAUCCAGCAGCGGCAGAAGUGCUGAAAUUCUUCACAAUACGUUGAAGUUGGACUCUUCUGUUGUUUCACCAACUACUGGCAAGGUUCUGCCUGCGCUGUUCCCAACCUUAAUACCUACAAGUCCUGAACAUGGACUAAGUCCGGAGCUAUCGAUUUGUUUUAAAAAAUUCACGAAAAAGGACCCCAUAACUAAAACUAAGGCUCUGCAAGAACUGACAGAAUUAAUAAAAAGUAGUAAUGUUGAUGAUGUGGCUACUGUGUUGCCAAGUUGGGCACACUUCUAUCCAACAUUAACCAUUGACAGUGAUCGGAAGGUUCGGGAAACUGCUCAGCUCUGUCAUGGUGCUAUAGUUGCAGCAUGCGGCCGACGCGUGGCCCCGCAUUUGCGCCGUCUCCUUCCAGCGUGGUUGCUGGCCUGUCAUGACGAUCAUGCGCCCGCACAGUCUGCUGCUAAGCGUUACCUUGAAAGCACAUUUCCAGAGGCAAAAUUAGAAGAAGCGUUUUCAUUUUGUAAAUUAGAAAUUGUUAGCCUUCUCCUAGACAAUUUGAUGGGUAAUGCUGAGGCUAUGUUGAGUAAAAAGAUCGAAGAAGAGGAGCGCGCGUCGAGUAUUUCCCGCGUCAUGUGCAGUAGUCUUCGAGCUUUGGAGCAACUAGUGCGGACUCUGGCGGCUAGUCACGACGAUUGGCUGUGGGAGUCGUUGGCACCGCUGAUACGUGCUAACGCGUACUGGAAACUCGCCACUCAUGAUGAUGCUAGGCUCAGAGGUGCAUGGUACUGCGCCACUGGCCGUAUAUCCGCGCGUUUCGGGCCGCGUCUCGAAGGUGAACUUGGCACUAAGAUAUCCCGGGCGCUGGUGGCGCAGCCCGAGCAAGCGCCAGCCGUGGCGGCAGAGCGCUGGGCCGCUGUUCUGCUGUUGAUGCACUCUUCGCCGGAUUGGUCCAAAUGGAUGGACAAAAAAGAUCUGCUGAUCAAAAGAUUACUGACACUGCUUGAAAAUGGUGGGUGGGGAGAGGCGCGCUCCCUGUCUGACACUCUGCUGCCUCUACUGUCGCAGCUACCGCAAGACUUGCUCACACAACAGUUCUACAUUACAUUAUUUGAUGCGCUCUUGACUGGACUAAAAUCAAAAGCGCUUCUUAACUCUAAAAUCGAACGUCAAGCGUGGAUCAAUAUUAUCGCCGAAUGCAUACGGUAUCUCUCGAUACAGAGUGACGAAUAUGUGACAGAGGUUGUGACGUACGCGCAUAGAACCUGCCUAGAACACGUCCUCACAAUCAGUGAUGACAGACAAAAGCAAGAUCUAAUAAAACAAGCAGCGAACGACAUGGCGUCUCUCCUUAAAUUCUGGCUGAAACAGUCCAAAGAAAACGCGGAAAAAUAUGACCAGCUCAUCAGAAACUUCUGGCAAAACACCGCCUCAACGAUUUCUUCGAGCAUCAACAAACUAUCCAUGGAUCAGGAGCAAAUAGUUCAAGCUAUCGACGACCAUAUUUUACUUUUGAAAACAAUGCAAAAAGGAUUCAUGCAGGUUGCUAGGAAGCGGUCUAUAAAGUUUGAAGACGAAGCGGCCGUGGCCGAUGUGAGAGAGAAAACAAUUGAAUGUGACGCCUCCAUGAUAGGAAGAUUCAAACAUAACAUGGACGACCUGGUCAGCCGAGUGUGUUGUCAGUACUUUACAUUCGCCAAGGAGAAGCAAGUAUCAAGAGCGGUGUUUCCAUCUUUAUACAAUUUGCUUUCGGAAUUUGACAGCGAGGCGUUGUUUGUGACGUUGGCAAAACAUGUUGAAGCCGAUACAGUGUAUGGAUUAUACGAGAAGGAAUUAAGAGCGUACUUAGCGGGCGAUACAAUGCGGUGUAAGACGCUAGUUGAUAUUGUGUUCAUGGCUGCGAAAUAUCUGUCUGAACCGGACCAAUGCCGCAUGUUCAGUUCCUUCCAACAGUUCCCCCCCUCUGUAGUGGAAUGGUGCAUAUCUCGUGCCCUGUGUGACCCCUCACCGGCCGCACUAGUGUGGCUGCAGAGCGGUACAGUAGAAGCGACGUUGGUAGGACUCAGUAGGCGCGAAGAUGAUGCCGCUGUGAAAUUACUGUUACGAUGUGUUACACCUAAUCAUGGUGGUGUAAUACUAGUAAACGAAGGUACCGUCAGCAAAAUAAUCAAAUCGUACGAAGACGCAUUAUCGGAUGACCAAGCGUCUAGCGAGCAAACAUCCAAGAGACUUCUCGUGGCACAGAAACUGUGCUGUGCUGUCGCUUCGUCUGUGCGGCGACAGCUGUGUGUGCCGCUACUGAUGACUGUGUUCCGUCUUUAUCUGAAAGCACAGGUAAAUGAAGAGAAUGAGUCGGAAAAUGAAAGACAACGCUUGCGUGAUGCUAUCUCGGCGCUAGACACCGACUGCCGACGAGAGCUAGCGACGAGCGCGUUGGUUGCCGCUCACGAACAACUUCAACCUAACAAGGAAAAAGUGGAUUUACCAAAAAUAGAGCAUGUGGUAUCUUUAUCACUCGAUCUGCUGCCCGAAACUGUAGAAGACUUAUCAGAAGUGCUGUCUUUCGCUGAGCUGCUAUUGAACCUUAAGACGCCUAAACCAAAAACGCCUCUAGAGGUGUUCGCUUUAAGAAUAGACUGCAUAUAUGGCUGCCUAAACUGUCCUAUAGAAGACGACAAUCCUCAUAUUAAACAAGUGAUCAAAGAUUGCAAUAAAUGUACCGGCGAGCUAACCAAAGACGCACUUUUACUUCAAGCACACAGAAACCUGUACCAUGCUUACUGUUUGAGCCAAAUAUUGUCUCGUACUGAACUAGAUGAAAGUACUUGGAAUGAGCUACUCAGUGGAGUUUAUUUUAAGACGGAAAUAUCGCAGAUGGUUUAUGACUAUGUACUCCUGAGUUCGUUAGAAGAAAGAUACGCGUUUUGGCCACAUUAUGCAAUUUUAAAACAAGUUACACAGGACAUGAAAAAAUACUUGGAUAAUACACUAUCAAAUAUGUCAACUGAAGCGAAGAACUUCUUGUUAGAACAUACUAGUGAGUUAGCCGCAACACGUGGUUACUAUUGGUCCUAUACUGAAAAACUGUUGGAACGUAAAAUUAUUGAAAACACCAAUAAGAAUACUGAAGAUGAAGCAAAUGAACCUGAGAAUUCUGAAUCCAUAGAUAAUGUAGAUGACAAAGAGAUACCAAAGACAGAAGAAAAAUCAGAAGAUUAUACGAAAUUGUUGCAUGGUAAAAACUUGUCUGAAAUAAUUACGGGUAGUGGAUUCUUCCAUGGACUACAGGCCAAAGACAAAUAUUCAGGCGAGUCUCUAGACACGCUCUACGUGUUGAUGGUACGCAGCGCGAUGGCUGCGCACGCGCAAGAUGCGCCGCUACUUACGUCACUGACGCACGCGGCCGCCACGCGGGAUAUAGACGCACUCAUUGAUGCGUACUACCAACAUAACCAUAUGAUGCUGUUUGAGAAGAAUCUAAAAGACUCGUCGUGGGCGCACGUGGUCAGCAACGCCGCUAUACUGGACUACUUGCGUGCACUUGUCGCGUCUGACGGUUGGAACCUCUCCGAUACUAGAUGGGACUUCAUUAACAUUGCAAUAUGCUCCAUACUCGCAUCCGUCCGCAUGUCAGUGGAUAAUGUGGGAUGCGCUAAGGUCGCGAUACUCGCUCGCUCGGCGUUACGCCUGUCGCACGAAGUUCGCUCGUUCGUGUCUGGCGUUCGCGAGCGUGCGGUGCGCGAGGAGCCCGCCGCUCACGUGAUCGCGCUACCGACUGAAUGGACCGACAUAUUCACCCCGGACUACGGCAACAGCGUCGGACAGAUCACCCUGAAGUUGUUGCAAACCGCGAGCAAAACAAUGUCAGCGGGCGUACUAGCGGUCAUCGAUGAGCUCAUUCCGGCGCUGUGUACGCUGCGAUGGGCGGAGCUACCGCCGCCCGUACGUGCGGCGUGCUCGCUCGAGCAGAUAGUACGCUCGGCUGCGGACGCACUGCGCCGUGUUACACACCACUCCUACUCGUAUCUUGCGUAUUACGCACUAGAAUUUGUGGCAGAUGCGCUUGUUGAAGAUGAUCGUGACAAGUUGUCAGCGUGGAGUGCACGUGGCGACGACAGCGCGCGGCCGGCGGUGUGGCCGGCGCAGCUGGAGCCGGCGCGUUGUCAGCUGCACACACUACUUGAGGCCGUACUAGAAUCUGUUAGAGUGGGCGAAGACACGUGUCACGUGGUCCCGUUCACGGACAGUCACUGCGUGGCGCUCGCGGCGAUGCUGCUGUCGAUCGCGCUGCACCGCCUCGCUGAGCGAGCUGAGGGAGACCUACAUAUCGUGUAUAUUGAUCACUUCAGGGAGAACAGCAUAGCGGAAGAGACGCUAUCCACAUCAUUGCGCCUCGUUCCCGAUGCGGUGGCGGCGCUUGCGAACGAACCGCAGUCGGGGUCUACACUGCCGCCGCACAUAUUGGCUCUGUUUAACGAGGGGCCAGACUAUAAGCCCGGCGGCGACGCAUCUCUGGCCGUCGAAGGUCUAGCGUGCCGCGCGCUGCUGCUAUGUCUUGGCGGAGCGGGGUCAGGCGGCGCGCGCUCGUGGGGCGUGGCCAGGCCGCGCGUUCUGCUCGCGUUGCGCCGCCUCGUGCCCGCAGCGGUGGCGCCCUCGCUCACUGCGGCGCAGCUGCGUAAACUACACGAGCGGGCUAAAGGAUUCACUGACGCACAGGUCGCCAUCAAGUGGUCCUCAGGCGAGGUCACCUGUUCUCUCGGCCUGGAAGAACACGUACUAGAGCUGCACGUGCGCUUCGCCCCCGACCACCCGUUAACCCCGCCCACCAUUACCACCAGCUCCAACUCGCCCGCCCCAGACACGCUCUGGCUAUCGCUGUAUCUUGGACACCAGAACGGAACACUUGAGAACGCUAUGAAGAUGUGGAUGAAAUCUGUGACGGGGCGCGUGGAGAGCGCGUCGCAGUGCUUCAUCUGCUACUGCCGCAUGCACCCCAAGAGCGGCCAUCUGCCCUCCGUGCCCUGCCACCAGUGCCGGAACAAGUUCCAUUCGGCGUGUCUUAGGAAAUGGAUUGCAACUAGCGGGAAAUCAAUUUGCCCGAUAUGCCGGACACAUUUCUAGAACAGCUGCAGAUCUUAGGAAUUUUUCAUUCUGUACAAAAAGUGUAUUCAGACAAUCGAGUUGAUAAUUGUUUUCACAUUAAAGGUUUACAAUUGUUCA